AUGGGUAAUAAACUCGGGAGGAGGAGACAAGUGGUGGAUGAAAAAUAUACACGGCCGCAAGGAUUGUAUAAUCAUAAGGAUGUUGAUCAGAAGAAGCUGAGGAAGCUAAUUCUUGAAUCAAAGCUUGCACCUUGCUUUCCUGGAGAUGAAGAAACUGCAUGCGAUCGUGAAGAGUGCCCAAUUUGCUUUCUGUAUUAUCCAAGUCUAAACCGAUCAAGAUGUUGCACAAAAAGCAUUUGUACAGAGUGCUUUUUGCAGAUGAAAGUUCCAAAUUCAACUCGGCCUACACAAUGUCCCUUUUGUAAAACGGCAAAUUAUGCUGUGGAGUAUCGUGGUGUAAAAUCAAAAGAGGAGAAGGGAUUGGAACAAAUAGAGGAGCAGCGUGUUAUUGAAGCAAAAAUUAGGAUGCGGCAGCAGGAACUUCAGGAUGAAGAGGAAAGAAUGCAUAAAAGACUAGAAGUAAGCUCUUCAAAUGUAAAUGUGGCUGUUGCAGAUGUCGAAUACAAUUCAAAUGCAGUGGCGGAAUCUUCAAUGUCUGCCGUUGAACACGAUGAAAUCGUCUCUUCUCAAGACUCGUGUGCCACACCAAUGGUUAGACCACCUCCUGCCACUAGGGCCAAUAGAGAUGAUGAAUUUGAUGUUGAUCUUGAAGACAUUAUGGUCAUGGAAGCAAUCUGGCUUUCUAUUCAGGAGAAUGGAAGGCAGCGAAAUUCACCUUUUACUGAUGCUACUUCUGGUCACUACGUAACCGAUGAUCGCUAUGCUUCAUCUCCCAUGGUUCAACAGACAGGAUCAUCCUCUUCCCCGUCGGGGGGUCUCGCUAGUGCCAUUGCAGCUCUUGCUGAGCGUCAGCAAAUGUCCGGGGAAUCAUCUGUAAGCUCCAACAACGAAAGUACACCAUCGUUCAACAUGCCACCGGGCUCCAGGAGGUUUUAUAACAGGCUUGGUAGAGAUAUGGUUAGUUAUUCACCCACAGAAAACCUGAAUGAGGUGCCACCAGAUGAUGCCAUGGCAAUGUCUAGGAGUCAUGGUCAAUGGAGCAUAGAUCAUGGAUCACAGGUAGCUGAAACGGCAACUAGCUAUACAAACUCUGUUGAAGUAGAAGAUCGUGGCGAACUGUCGUCUAUGUCACAACCUAAUGACAUUGAUGAAAGCCUUCAAAGUGCCACCGACCCCAUUGUUCCCGAGAGUUUUGAGGAGCAAAUGAUGCUGGCUAUGGCUGUCUCUCUGGCCGAAGCUCGAGCCAUGCCGAGUGGACAUAGUGCUUCAUGGCAAUAG